GCACGAUCGGUGCCCUAAAUUAAGCUUUGUACUUCGGAGUAGCCUGUCAGGACUGUCAUUGGAGUUUGUGGUAGCCCAGGACGUACUUGGCAACCUGGUUACAAAGAGACGAGCGUGCUAGGAGCUCUCCCGAGCCCUACAUAUCCCGUUACAAGUUACCAAUAGUCUCUCUGGGCGCAGGGAACCGGGCGUUUGCUUAUGUGGAUGAUGUACCCGGCUGCAUCUUACGCAUGAUACUCGCAUUCGAGUAAGAACAAUUCUGCUUUCACAAUGGGCGAGCCAGAAGAUUCCUCGCCGUAUCUCCACGAGUUAGAGCCGGUCCCCGACGAAGAAGUGUUAUCUGCGCUUGAAAACGGACUGUACACUCCGAAACCACCGGAAAACGGCGUCGAUGCUUCGCAAAGUGGACAAGUCGCGGGGACGCAGUUGGGUUUAAGCGGCCGUAGUUGGGAAUAUUGGUUGUCCCAAGUUCAAAGAUACUCCACCUACCCUCCGUCGAUAUUUUUUGGGCUGCACCUUGUCAAUACCUCUUUAAUACCUCUUGCUACUCAGUCGAUCGAAGCCAGCGAAACCUACCUGCUUCUCACCCGCCCAAUAUAUCAAGCUCCUGUCCUUGAACCAGCUUUACUUACAGUGCCCAUUCUUGCACACAUUGCUUCAGGAAUCGCCCUCCGAUUCGUCCGUCAAUCCCGAUGUGCGAGGCUCUAUGGCGCGGAGACACGCCAGCAACGCAAAGCACUGAGAAGGUCCAAUAGAUCAAGCAUUCAAGCAAAGCUGGGAUAUUUUUUCGUGCCGUUUUUAGGACUACAUGUCCUUGUAAACCGUAUUGGACCGUGGUACGUCGAUGGAGGCAGCUCUAGUGUUGGACUGGGUUAUGUAGCCCACGGAGUUGCCAGAUCCCCCUGGACAGUGGGGGCAUGGUACGUUGCAUUUGUGGGAAUCGGCGUGUGGCACUUUGUCGGUGGUUGGGCUCAUUGGAUGGGCUGGAGGGAAAUGGCUACAUUGGACAGGGCAAUGGAAAAACGCCGUGGUGCCACCGCGGGCUUUCUUGGAAACCCACAACAGGUUGAAAGGUUGCAUAGACAGAAACGGCGAAGAUGGAUCAUCGCGGGAAGUACAGUCGCUGGAACAGCCCUCUGGCUUUCAGGAGGGCUGGGAGUGGUUGGAAGAGGUGGUCUUGGGUCCGGAUGGGAAGCUAAAACUUGGGAUAACAUAUAUUCCCAGAUCCCGCUGCUUGGGCCAUAUUUGGUCAGCUGAAAGCGAAAGCUAAUGUUGCGAAGCUAAACCCGUGUAGCUCAUAAACACA